CUACCGUGUUGCCUCGGAACUCCCCCAACCCCUAAGUUCAGUUUGAUGAUAUGGGUUUGCAUAACAUACGAAGGUGUCGGUUCUGUAACUGUUCUGAAGGGUAACAUUAAUGCUGAAAAGUAUAUUUCCAUCCUAGAAGAUAAUCUCUGGCCCGUUGUAGCUCGCCAUUUCCCGGAUGGAAGGUACAUAUUCUAGGACGAUAACGCCCCGAUACAAAGAGCCCGGGUUGUAAGCCAGUUCAAAACAGAACAUAGAAUUCAUUCUAUGAUCUGGCCUGCCCAAAGUCCGGACUUAAAUAUAAUAGAGAACGUAUGGCAUAGGCUUAAAAGACAACUAAAAAAUCAACCCGAUGUCGUAGACACACAAAAUAAGCUUGAGGCAGACAUUCGGAACAUCUGGAUAAACAUUCCUGUUGAAUAUAUUAGAAACUUGUAUUCGAGUUUACCAAGGAGAAUACAGAGUGUAAUAAAAUCGAAAGGCUAUAUAACCAAAUAUUAAGGAUGAUGAAGAAUGACCAGAGCAGACUGGCAAAUGCGGUGGAUGGUGAUGUGGACUGGCGCAAGAGGGAGGCGCUCAGACUCACUGACCUUGUACAGAGGAGGCUUGAUUAUCUUCAGAAUCCUACGGAUUGUGACAAGGCAAAGAAAAUUGUCUGCAAUCCUGGUAAGGCGUGUGGCUGCGGGUGCAGACUGCAUCAUGUGACCUACUGCCUGAUCAUGGCGUACGCCACCCAGCGCACGCUCAUCUUGCACUCGGAGGAUUUGGGGUACGCUUUCCAGGGCUGGGAGUCUGUAUUCUUGUCAAUCAGCAAGACAUGCCGCUCCACCGUCGGUCAAACGACCACUCGCUGGGGACCGAAUUCUAUGACGGAUGAUUCGCAAGUCAUCGAGCUUCCUACAUUGGACAAUUUGUCUCCGCGCCCAAGUUUUUUACCGCUAGCGAUACCAGAGGACAUCGCUGAUCGCUUGACCCGUGUUCACGGUGACCCUUCGGCCUGGUGGGUAGGUCAGUUUGUGACCUACUUGACCAGACCAAAUGCCAUGAUGCGGAAAUUUUUGAAUGAGAGCAAAGAAAAGCUGGGCUUUGUUAACCCUAUUGUUGGAGUGCACGUGAGACGGACAGACAAGAUCGGUACGGAGGCCAAAUUUCACAGCAUUGAUGAGUACAUGCGUUAUGCCAACGAGUGGUUCGAUAUUUACCAGAAGCAGCACCCUGGAGUCCAGAGGAGGGUGUACCUGGCGUCAGACGAUCCAGGGGUACUGCAUGAGGCUAAACAGAAAUACCCAAACUACACCUUUGUGAGCGACAACGAGGUCUCAAGGACGGCAGGCCUGGGCGAUCGUUUCACGAAUGCCUCCUUACAUGGUAUUAUCCUCGACAUUUACCUGCUGUCGCGAUGCGAUUUCAUCGUCUGUACCUUCUCAUCAAAUGUUUGCAGAGUUUCAUACGAGCUGAUGAUGCCACUACACGGGGACCCCUCAAUACGGUUCAAGUCUCUCGACGACUUAUAUUACUUCCACGGACAGAACGCACACAAUGUGCUGGCGAUUGAGGAUCACCAGAGUCGACACGAUGGAGAGAUCAGCUUUAAUGUUGGGGACAUUGUCGGCGUGGCGGGAAAUCAUUGGGACGGGUAUUCCAUGGGUACACACGUGAAGACGGGAAGGUCAGGUCUGUUCCCGUCAUAUAAGUUUGUGAAUAUAAUUGAGCGUGUAAAGAUGCCUACAUAUCAUGAAGAACCUGAUUUGUGAUAACUAAAAACUGUUCUUGCUCAGAACAUACAAAUCGGUUAAGGUAUAAUGUAAAUUCAUGCUUAUAUCCAUCGAAUUUCAUUUAAUCUGAAGCUUACUGGCCUCUUUGUUUCUCUUUCUCGAGAGAUCUAAAGUGAAAAACAAAACAAAAUCGAAUGUUAAAAAAAGUUACCAUUCUUAAAAGACACAAAUAUUGUGUCUUUAAAUAAUAUAACUAGAAGUGUCUGCUUUCAUUUGAUUAUUUAACAUUUACAUCUAUCGCGUUUAUGCAUUAAGCAGUAAAAUUAUUGUUUUUCUUUUCUUUGCAUUUUCAUUUAAAGAACAUGAAAGUUUAUCUGGCUAUUAAUUUGUUGUUUCGUUUUAUUGUGAAAUGAAAGUUCAUUUGCAUAUUAUUUACUCAUUUUAAAUGUUAUCACGAUUAUUGUAUGACUGCAUUGGACGUGAACAUUUGUCCUGUGAGUUUACUGGCUUUCAAAAAGACGGCCACUUAAUUUUAAAACUCUAUUCAAACAUCAAACUGGUAAGAUCAUUUUUGUUGAGUUCACGAUCGUAAAUAUCGAUGCUCCAUGCAUGCGUGCUAACAUGUGUGCGUGCCUGUGUCUGUCGUAGUUUGUCUGGACCGUUACUUUGUCAUUAAUCAUCCAAUUAUACAAUAACUACAAAUAGUAAGCAUCUUUACUCUUGCGACAAUUUGUCAUUUGUAAUACGCGUCCUUCAGCCUCAAAGGUAAAGGUCACACCAAAAGGUCAAUUGUAUUUUUCUCCCCAUUUACCAGCUUUUCCGGACUGUAACUUCGUCAUUCUUCGCGCAAUUAUGAAAUAAAAAACAGUCUGUACUGAAUGUAACUUUAUUAUUCAUCAGUUCAUUUUAAUAUUAUCUACCUCACUUGUUAACCGGUGUUCUAUGCGUUACUUCCUAAUUGCUCAAGGUCUCACAUUAUAAACAAACAACUGCUUGCCUAGAUUGUUUUUUCAUCAUUCAUGUGUUUCCCCUUAAUUGUUGCUCUUGUUUUCAUGUGUUUGUCGCUUAUUCAGAACAUUAAUUUUUUUAUUAUUAAGUGUAUUGCAUAUUUAUUUAUACAGUUUUUUUAUUGAUGUUUUUACAGAUAACCACUAAAUGCAUAAUACAUAUCAAAUGCCCUGUGCUUUGUACACACUUAUUACGGCUGAAUUUGCAGAAUAUAAAACAAAAAGCGAAUAUCCAUUACAUAUAUGUAAAAUGUAUACAUACAAGACAUAUACUGUAUUAAACAUAAGUUCGUUCCCAGGAUUGAUAAUAUUUUACAUACUAAAAAGACACCAAUAGUGUGUCUUUAAAUAAUAUUACUAAAAGUGUCUGCUUUCAUUCGAUUAUUUAACACAAAAAUUUCCGCUAAUAUCCAUCUAGCCGUCAAAUUAUUGUUUACUUUCUUUGCAUUUUCAUUUCAAGAGCAUGGAAGUUCAUCUGGCUAUUUUAUUGUUGUUUCGUUUUAUUUUUAAAUGAAAGUUCAUUUGAAUAGUGUGUUUUCAUUUAAUUUGUUAUCACUAUUGUUGUAAGACUGUAUUGUCCUGUGAGUUUACUGGUCUUCAAUAAGACGGCCACUUAAUUUGUAAUUUUUUUCCCAUUUAACAGCUUUUCCGGACUCUAACUUCGUCAUUCAUCGUGCAUUUUGAAACCAUUUUCCACAAAUUUCCAUAAGCAGAAGACGAUGUGUCACCUUUUAAAAAUCUUAUUAACUCCUUCAAAGGUCAAGGUAAAACUAAUGGAGCAAAUGUUAAAUUUUGAAAUAAAACAGUCUGUACAGAAUGUAACUGUAUCAUUCAUCAUUUUAUAAUCAUUUACAUCACUUGUUAACCGUGUUUGCACGUACAACUAUGUGUUACUUCUUAUUUCUCAAGGUCUCACAUUAAGAACAAUGGCCAUAAAACUGCUUCGUGUGUCACCCUUUAAUUGUUGCUCUUGUUUUCAUUUGUUUGUCGCUUAUUCAGAACAUAAAAUGUUUAUUAUGAAUUAUAUUGCAUAUUUAUGUAUACAAUGUUAUUGAUGUUUUUACAUAUAACAAAUUAAGGCAUAAUACAUUUCAAAUUUCC